UCUUGGGUUGCUCCCGCAGCAUGUGGAGGUUCCCAGGCGAGGGGUCUCAUCGGACCUGUAGCCACCUGCCUGCACCACAGCCACAGCCACGCGAGAUCCGAGCUGCAUCUGCAACCUACACCACAGCUCACGGCAACACCGGAUCCUCAACCCACGGAGCAAGGCCAGGGAUCAAACCCGCCACCUCAUGGUUCCUCGUUGGAUUCAUUAACCACUGCGCCACGAUGGGAACUCCACCCUUGGUCUUCUGAUAGGCAGGCCCAGCACCCCGGCUCGUUUGCCAAGGCUGCCAUUUGGGAAACUACGGCCCGCCAAGGACGAGCGGCCUUCCCGUGGCUGGCGAUGACCAGAAGGGCGGCCAUCCACAGAACUGUCCCCACACUCGUUACUCCUUUUGGCCCACAAGGAGGACAGUUCCCAACAGACCUGCAGACAGGAAAUACGCCCACAGAGGAGUGGCCGGGGACCAUGGCCCCAUCGUGAGGGUUACAGCAUAAAGCCCACCCCUGAGCAGGAGGGUGAGGUACCCCAGUGGUUAGCGUUCCCCACCGGAGCACGGGUCUCCUUCGGGUCCCGCGUGGAAAGUUCUCAAGCUUCCACCGCACACAGACUGACCAGCUUCCGGGGGUGGCCAGAGCAGGGUGGACGUUCUCUGGUGACGGUGACGGGUACCUCUGGAACUCGAUCUUGAGGGGAUCCUCGGGGGGCCGGGCGGUCACCCAGAUGUCUGUGUCGGCCGUGGGUGCAGCCCCCUUGACUCUGCUGUGAUGGACCCACGGGGUGAGGCCUGCACCUUUGGUGGCAGGUGGAGGUGCCCAAAUCGCCAUGUGGGCGCCUGUCCAGACUGGCUGGAGCAGCUCUGUCUUGCAGUCUUUGACCCACCCCACUGCCCGGGGCUGCUGAGGACACACCCCGUUUCCUACAGGGUGGGUGCUCUCUCUAGGGUUUCUCCAGGGAUGUGUCCGAGUACCCUUCCCAAGCUGUGGCUGUGCCGGGUCGGUUCCAGACCCCCUAUCUGCUGGAGACCCCCUCUUAAUGACCAGGGGAGGCCUCCCAUACAGGAUCUCUAACGGGGAAUAACAAAGGGUCUCGGGCUGCCUCGGGCUCGGAACAACACGUCUAUGCAGGGCAGUCGCAUCUCCUGGUGGAGCGUGGCUCGGGUCUCGAGGGUCCGGUUCCUUUGCUCCACUUUCCCUCGACUCUGUGCUCUGUAUGUGACAUGGAGUUUCCACCUUACCCCCAAGGUCUUUGUUUGGAUUCGGGCCACUUCUGCCACAAAGGCAGGUCCAAUGUUGGAUCCAACGGGGAGGGGCGGUCCGUAUCUAGGGUUUGUUUCUCGCCUCAGGGCCCUGACUCCCUCGGUCGGAGUGGGGACGGCUGCCACCCAUCCUGAGUAGAUGCCAACCGGCACAAGUACGUACCCGUAGCCCCGGCAGUGCUGACCUGGGUGAAGUCCACCUCUCUGGGUCUUCAGAGGGUGCCGUACCUCUGGCUUGUGUUCCUGGGUUAAGCCUGGGUCCUUGACUUGUGUUGUUUUGGGCGCAAGUGGUACGCCUGUGGCUGAUUUGAGCACAGAGUGCAGGGAGUCCGGGGAUAAAGGUGCAUCGGCUCGGCAGCCCUUCCAGGGCUGUCUUUCCCAGGUGGGUCGCCUCAUGGUCCUGGGUCACCAUCUGUGUUGCCCCUGAGCUGGGAGCGAAGAGUCGCUGGUCUGGCAGUUUUCCCCAGCCUUCCUUUGCCUGAAUCCCCCCUUCAUUUGGGGCCCAGUGGUCCUCCUCCUGGUGAUAUUUUGGGGAAGUGGGCAGCUCUGGGGCUAGCAGGACUUUGGAGGUUUGGGUCCAAGCGGGAGGCUGGGUCAAUGGGCGGCUGCUCUGGCAGCCUGGUCGGCCAGUCAGUUUCCUCUCCUGACAGGAUCAGCCCCUCUCUGGGGUCCCCAACAGUGUAGGACAGCCACCUGUGAAGGUCCCAGCCCGCCUCCAGUAACUGGAGGAUGGAUUCCUGGCUUUAAUUUCCUCUCCCCAGCUGUCAGCAGUCCCCUUUCUUUGGAGGCAGCCCCGUGUACGUGCCAGGUAGCGAAGGCACACCUGGAGUCGGUGUAGAUGCAGGUUGGCUUUCCCCGCGCACACACCCCAAUGCCUGGACACGCCCACGGUCCUGCUCUCUGCUGACCGACCUUGGGGCGAGGGCUUCGCCUCUGUGCUGCUGUCAGCGUCGUCACGGCCUAGCCUGCUCUCCAUCGUCCCUCCUGAAUGAAGCUCCUUCCAUCCGUGAACAGUUCCAGGUUGGGGCAUCUUCGGUCCAGUCUGGUCGGCGUGAGUAGACUUUGUCCAUUAUCUCUUCGCAGUCAUGAUGGGGUUGGCCGGGCUUGGCGCGCAGAAGGAAAGCUGACUUUAUUGUCCGUUCUGUUUCCAAGGGGACCCUGAGGUUUUCACAGAGUAGGCCCUGGCUGUAUUUCUCAAGUGGGUCACCCACGUGUGUCCUUGGCUGUUCAUCAGAGCGGUGACGGAGUGUGGGACCUCGCUGGGACAUCACUGUUUUGUCCCAGGGUGAGCUUGGCCACCUCCCUUGCCAGAGCCACUGUGGCUGCCAGCGCCCGCAAGCAGGGUGGCCAUCCUGACGCCACUGGAUCCAACCCUUGGACAGAUGUGCCACUGGCCGUUGCCGUGGCCCCAGAGUCUGUGUGAGCACCCCGUGCAGUGCGGUGUUUCUCAUGGAUGAACAAACUGAACUCCCGUGUUACAUCUGGCAGCCCCUCCACCUCCUCGGAGGCCUCUUCCUGCUCCUUGUUCCACCUCAAGGGUUCCUCACCCGAGCCUGCGGCAGCCUCACACAGCGGCUUAGCUCUGCUAGGGAACCUGGGGGUCCAAAUCCGGCAGAAUCUCGCGGCCCCGAGGAGUUCUCUGACCUCUCCCUCGGUAGACGGUGGAGGCACGGAGCCGGUGGUUUGUUUGCCCUCUCGCCCGAGGGCUCGAUGUCCUUUUGAGGUGAUGAACCCGAGGUACUUAACUGUCUGUCUGCAGGUCUGUGCCUUUUUCCAGGACGCCUCCUCGCCUGUGGUAGACGGCAGAGCUAGCAGGGUUCGUGUUUCCUCCCAGCAAUCCUUCUGGGGAAUGCUUGCCAGUAGCAGAUCCAUGACACACUAGACGAGGGUACAGUUCAUGGCCCCGCUGGGAAAGGCAGCUAGAUCUCGGGCUGGUGCUUCCCCAGACAGAGUGGGUGAAUUUUUGAAGCCCUGUGGUAGCCGUGUCCGGUUAGUUGGACCUUUCUACCUGUCUGGGGAGCCUCCCUUUCGAAGGCAGACAGUGGCUGCCUGACAGGUGCUAGUCCAAGGCAGAAGAAGGCAUCCUUGCGGUCUAGGCAGGUGAACCAGCUUGCUUGAGCGGGCAGCAGCCCCAAGAGAGGACAGGGGUUUGGCACCACGGGUGGGUGGUGAUGGCUGCAGGCUAACCGGGCCCAAGUCCCGCACUGGUCGGUAAUCAUACCCUUUGGCCAUCUUGACAGGUAGGAGGAGGGAUUCCAUGGAGACUGGCACUCUACCAGGAUUCCGGCGUCUCGCAAUCACCGAAUGUGUUCUUGGAUCCCGGAUGUGCCUCUCGUGUUAGAGGGUACUGUUGCUGUUUGCUGGGGGUGGUGCCAGGCUUUAAGUCCACCACAACGAGCGCAUGAUUCUUGGCCAUCGCAGGGGGCCCUUUCUCGGCCCAGAGCAGGGGGAAUUCUCCCAGGAGGGCCGUGGGACUUAUCCCGCUUUCCUUUGAGCAAUAGAGUCGCCAUCUGUCCCCGCGUGGUAGAGUUACUGCCAUCGGCAGGGCCCCCUCUUUGCCCAGCAUGAGACUCACCGGCUUCCCAGGGGCAAGUGUUAUCUGGGCCCCCAGUUUGGUCAGGCAAUCUCUUCCCAGGAGGGGAUGGGGCACUCGGUAUGCACAGGAACUCGGGAGUCACUGGGUGGCCCCCCAGCUGGCAGGUCUGGGCCCACAAAACGGGCAAGCGGCCUGCAUUCCAGUGGCCCCAACAAUGGUCGUUUGUCACUGAGUAAGAGGAGCCACGGUUUGGUCACUACUGAGUGUCCAGCACCAGUGUCCACCAUGAAUGUCACCGGUUGGUCCCCCGUCAUCACUUCAACCGCGGGCUCCCAGGGACCCAGGAGCAAGGAGUCCAGGGUCCCCUGAUCUGACUGUUCCAGGUCCCUUCCAUCAGGAAGCCUGCAGCAGGCCCCCACAAGGGGGACAGAUGCCAGAAGCAAGAGAGGCAACAACUCUAUUAUCUGUAAAAAGGUCACACCAAAAACCUAUAGAAAUGAGAAGACAGAGAACUAUAACUCAGACGAGGGAGAAAGGAAAAACCCCCAGAAAAUCAGUUAAGUGAUCAGGAGAUUCUCAGCCUCCAGGAAAAAGACUUGAGACUGUUGAUGCUGAAGAUGAUGCAAGACACUGGAGAUAAACUGAAGGCAAAGACGGAUUGUGCGCGGACUUGGUUCCAGCCCAGGCCGCUGAGGCCGUGCCCAAUCGGUUCUGCUCAGCACCUUCCUCCACUGGACGAGGCUCCUUUUCUCAGGGGGCCCCCCUUUUGCUGCGGGCGUUUGCUUUUCCAGUGUCCCAUCUCCUUUACAACAUGCACGUUGCCCUCGUCUCAAGGGCGGCUCCUUCCUGCUCCCUUCUGCCUGGUGGCCGAGGCCACCUGCUGGGCUCGGGGUUGCCUGGUGCGGCCGCCCUCAGGGACACCUUUCGUUUCAUCUGCCUUCCGGCUUCCCGCAGGGCUUGCCAUCUUGGCUCACAAAAACCUUCCCUGCUGUUUCUAGCAACUGUGACGCGUUCAUCCCAGCUAAGCCGUCCAACUUGUGUCUUACAAGCAUGUGGCUGGAAGACGGGGCCACAAAGGCUGCAUUAACCAUUCGCUGAUGCCCAGGUGCCUCAGGAUCCAAGGGAGGGAAGGUCUGCAAGGCCUCACACAACCUCUCGUAGAAGUCCGUCGGUGUCUCGUCGGAUUUCUGGAUCAGCACGGUCGUCGUCUUUGUCACAUGGGUGGCUUUUGGCUCCGGCCCGCAGCCGUGAAGGAGAGCAUUCCGACGGCACCCCAGGGCGCCCACCCGGCCUGAGUGUUGAAGCCCCAGUCAGGUCUGUUUUCUGGAGCUGCCCUCUGUGCCCACCCCUCAAGGUCAAGGGUGCCUGCAGGAGGCUGUCCGUGGAGCCACUUGCAGACCCCUCCUUGGUGCUGGCGCAGGUAGGGAGGAGUUGACGGGUGUCGCCCCAGGUUGGCUGGUGGGCUUGGAAGAUGGAUUUUCGGAGUGAGCUGGGUGAGGCGCCUCCAGUUCAGGGGGUCGGUUGUGCUGAAGGGCUGGUAAUAGAGAACGGGAGGGCCCAGCGCCAUCACCAUUUGCUUGUUGGGGGCCCCACAUCUCCCACAGGGGAGCUUGGAAGGCUGCAGUCAUUUGUGCGGACUGCUGAGCCCAGCGGAGUCGUCUUCCCUUUGGCGCUGGACUUGGGGCCCAUGGCGGUUGUGGGACUGGUGGAGACACAGAGGGAGGUGGACUGUUUGGCAACUGUUGGGGUGGUGGUUGCACAAGAAAGGGUGGAGCCGUGGGAAGACAGGGCGGAGGCGGCGGGGCUGGAGGGGUGUCGUCUCCUGGGUCUCCUUGUAGGAAAGGUUUAGCCGGUCCUUCUUUUUUUUCCGAGGGCGCUUGGGCCACAAGGAUCCUACAUUGUCCCUGGCCAUUGGUGCAGAACCGGACCCAGGGAGGCAAAGUCCUAUGUAUGGGAACUGAUCGGGGUGUCCUGGGGUGUCGGUGACCACCCGAGAGGCCGCCCUUCCUGUGGGCAUGUCUGGCGUGCCCUCUGAAGGCCAUCCCACUCCAAAGGAGGGCCACUUUGGCUCACACGGGGUGUGGCGUUGUCCAGGGUUCAUUCCGACGCCAUAGUCCCCCCAAAAGCCCUUCUUGAAAUUCUUGAUCAUGCAGUUUAAGCCGUGGGCUUAGAUUUAGGUGCCCCCGUGGUGUUAGGUCCUGAUCUACUGCCCACAGCUAGGAGCCUGCUUCAGUUUCCGUGGCGGAUGUCCCUUUUACUGUUGCCUCCUCCACUCCCCAAAGCAGAGCGACCCCCGCUCCGCCCACUCUAUGGCGGGGGAGGGGUGCCGGGGGGCAAGCACUUGCUUUGCCACUAAGGAUGCUAACCACUCCGGGUCUUGGCCCUUGGGGCGAGUUCUUGGGAAUAUUCUAAGGCUUCAAUGAAACUCAAGGGUCUUUGGAUGCAGUCUUCCCUGAAUCUGGAGCUAACGUAACACGAUCUCAGGAUGGUGGGUGGACGACAAAGCAGGUGGACUAGAAGGGGGAUCUCCUAGUGUGGCUGCAACCAAAAAUCCCCUUUACUCAGCUCCUGGGGUUCUGAGAGCAGGCAGAAUGAACAAUCCCGAGGUCCACCCAGGAUUCGGGCCAAGAUUCCUGGAUUUCUGGGGAUAAGGUCAAAUUCAAGAUUUCUUUGAAGAACCUCUCCUUUGUAAUCGCCGAGGGCAAAGGGGUCUUCGACUCAUGUGAGGGUGGUCUCGAAGGGCUAAUAUCCCACCUGGGUUUCCCCCUGCAAGGCUGUGGCAAGCAAGACAAGGAGGGGAUGCCCCUUCAUGGAGCACACAUUCAGAUGUCUGCCUGGCCACCUCUCUCUAGGGAGUUUAGGUGCCUCUUAGCAAUUGGCUGGUUCGUAUAAACCCCGAACCUGGAUCCAACUCGCAGGGAGGUUAGAGAAUCCUCAGAGUCCCACGCAGCUGUAAACCGUAUGAGGUUACCAUGGAACCGCAGGUUAGGACCCACUGGGACCCCGUAGUGGAAACAGUGGAGCCACACAACUGAACCUGAGAUGCAAUCGUAUCAGGCCACAGUCACUCAUGCAUUCACUCAGCCGUCACAGACCUCCCCCUUGGGAGGUCCCUUCCUGGGGUCGUCAGACUGGAAGACGUAGGUCUCCUCUUCUGCCAGUAGGCAGGACCUGACGGGGACUGGCCUCGGGGCCUUACCUUAUUCCGGAGCUUUAACUAGUCUUGCUUGGGAGUUGGUCCGUCUCUCCACCGAGUCCGGUUGGGGUUCGGCCAUUGGGAGGACUGGAGCACCGCCACGAAGGAGGACCCGAAAUACCGUCGGGUGGAGCACCGCCUCGUUCGCCUCCGGAGCUCCCCAGCCUUCCUGCAGCUUCACCGCAGCCCCGGUGGCUCAAAGGGCCAGAACGGUUGGGGUCUCGCUGGGGCCUCCAGAAAUGUUACAGCUCCACGUGCAGCACCGACCAGCGAGAAACCAAGCGACACUGGGAGAGGAGGAGAAUUUAGCUCUCAUACCCGGCCGGCCUGGGGAAGAUUGCUCUCCAGAACCCAGGCCCCGAACAGGGGUGCUACAGGCUUUUACAGGGACUGGAGAUGUCGGGGAUCGCCCUCAGCAGACUCGCCCAGGAGAGGAAGGCCUGGAGGAAAGACCACCCCUUUGGGUUCGUGGCUGUCCCCACAAAAAACCCCGACGGCACAAUGAACCUCAUGAACUGGGAGUGCGCCAUUCCCGGGAAGAAGGGGACGCCGUGGGAGGGAGGCUUGUUUAAACUGCGGAUGCUGUUCAAAGACGACUACCCGUCCUCACCGCCGAAAUGCAAGUUCGAGCCGCCGUUAUUCCACCCGAACGUGUACCCUUCGGGCACGGUGUGCCUGUCCAUCCUGGAGGAGGACAAGGACUGGAGGCCGGCCAUCACGAUUAAGCAGAUCUUGUUAGGAAUACAGGAACUUCUAAAUGAACCAAAUAUCCAAGAUCCAGCUCAAGCAGAGGCCUACACGAUCUACUGCCAAAACAGAGUGGAAUACGAGAAAAGGGUUCGAGCACAAGCCAAGAAGUUUGCUCCCUCAUAAGCAGCGACCUUGUGGCAUCAUGAAAAGGAAGGGAUUGGUUUGGCAAGAACUUGUUUACAGCAUUUGGCGAAUCUCACGUUGCUCUCUGCAAUCCUGGUCACCCGGGGAGGGUUGGGCGGGCGCCAUUGCCAUUUCCGCCACGGGCACAGUCUCGACUCGCAGAAUCGCCCCGUUUUUCAUACAGGGUCUCUUCCUUCAGUCUUUUGUAUUUUUGAUUGUUAUGUAAAACUUGCUUUUAUUUUAAUAUUGAUGUCAGUAUUUCAACUGCUGUAAAAUUAUAAACUUUUAUACUUGGAUGAGUCCCGAGGAGCUAGUCCCCUUUGCUCGCGGAUGCAGGCAUGCUUCACACCGUCUAGAGCUGCACUUAGCCUCCAGCUGGCUGCACGACAGAAAAUCAGACCUGCCCCCGCCGCCGCCGCCCUCCCAGAGCCUGGCUUGUGUUGCUUACGAGCCUCGGAUCCAGUCAGCCAGCGUCGCGUCUCCGCAUCACUUCCUUUGUGUUUAUAUGGCGUUUGUCUGUGUUGCUGUUUAGAGUAAAUAAACUGUUUAUAUAAAGGUU